GCCUAAACAAUAAUGGCGGCUGCUAGCGAGUUUCCAACAGAACUGGCGACCCGUCCUUUGGGCCUCACAGCUCUUAUGGGACUUGAUAUUAAUCAGAAACCUUUGCACAAAGCUAUCUGGGAGUCUUUUUCUGUGAACAGGCAUCCUGAGAGAGUUCCACUAUCCUUCAGACUUCUACCAAUUGAUCACGAAUUUCCCAAAGCAAAAUCAAAGCGGUCUACCUAUGAGUGGUACAUACCAAAGGGUAUCUUGAAGACAAAAUGGAUGCACAAACAUCUUUAUCUCUCUCCUGCUGUGGUGGUCAUGUUUUAUGAGUUGGAUUGGGAUGACGUUCAGUGGAAAGACAGGCAAACUGAAUGUGCUUCAAAACUAGAAAGAGUCAGGACCAGCCUUCAAGACCAGAACACUAAGGUUGCUGUGGUUCUUAUCCAAAAGAAUGCUCCUCUUCCUCCAGGUGAUGAUUUACAAGCACUAGAGAGGGCAGCAACAUUGUGCAGUGCAUGUGACCUGUCAGCCAAAUCAUUGUUUGUCCUUCCACAUACAGAUCACUUGAUUGGCUACACAAUUAGGCUGGAGAAUGCUUUUUAUGAUUUAGCACAGAGUUAUUACCAUGGAGAAUGUAGGAGAGUUAAAGCCCACAAGGAAUUUCUUAACAAAGGAACUCAUCAGCUAUUGUUGGUGCGGCACCAAUUCAAGGUUGCCUUUUUCAAUGAGCUAAGACAAGACCCUCACUCUGCUAUCAAGCACUACAGGCAAGCAUACAGUCUUCUUGGAGAAAUCAAGACAACUGACAUGAACAUACUAGAGAUCAAAGUUGUUGCUGGAUUUAUUAAUUACAAGAUUUGUCGUCUAAGUUUCCAAGCAUCAGCCCCAUUAGAUGCCAUAUCACAAUUCAGAAAGCAUGUGGAUUUGUUUAAGGAAAAGGUUGGCUGCCCUGACUUAGCCUUUGAACACUCAGCCUGGCUCUCCAAACAGUUCAGUUUAUUUGGAGAACUGUUUGAUGAAGCCAUCAGAAAUGGUUUAACCGCCUUACAGACUCAACACCCAGGAUUUUACUAUCAACAAGCAGCAAACAAUGCCAUUGUCAGGAGACAGCUUUGCCAGGGCUUGUGUCAUACUACCACUCCACUUACUAUGAAUCCCUUAGAAAAUGCUGGAAAUCUCGACUUCUAUGGUCAGAGACCUUGGAGACAAGGUUUUCAAGGAACAGAACCACCAGAUGCAGGAAUAGAGAAGGCUGGAAUUAUAGCCUUGCAGUCCCAAGAAAUCCAAGUGGACCAUUCUUGGGUUAUCAUUCCCCUUCUCAGUAGUGCAGUGGCUCAGUUUAAAAAGUACAAAUCACCCAGGAUGAAGAGAUACCUGAUGGUUCAGAUGGGUGAGGAGUAUUACCAUGCUAGAGAUUACAGUAAAGCCUUAUUGUUGUUGGGAAAAGUCACCUGGGAUUACCGCAGAGAAAAAUGGUGGUCACUUCUUACGUCAGUUUUAAUCACAUCACUGAGGUGUGCGUACUUGGUUGGCAAUGUGGAGGAAUAUAUCACCCUUUCGCUUGAAUUGACGGGAAGAUAUGUUGAAAAUUCACCUGAAGAGAAAACAAGAUGUCAGACUAAUCUUAUUCACGUCAUGUCGAAUGAAUGUCCUGAGCCCGAGCCAGGCUGUGACUUUGAAGCAGUGGAAGAAGCUAAAGAGCUGUGGAAAACACUUAAAGUGACACCACAGGCACCCCAAGUAUUUACCAUACAGAUGGAACAAAUAGCACCAUUUGUGGAAUGCAAAGCAGUCUUUGAUUCAGUUUCAACAACAGCAGAUUCUACCAUCCUUCUUCAAAUCUACUUAAGGGUUUCUUGCCCAUUUCCCAUCCGAUUCUCGAAGAUUGCCGUUUUCUUUAGCAAUCAGUUUUAUAACCAACAGUGUGUUGUGGAGACUGGGUCCGCUCAAGGGGAAGGUGGAUUGUAUCUUCUUCCUGCAAAGACCAAAGUCAUACCAUUUCAACUAGUGCCCCAGCCUGAGGAUGUUGGAAAACUACUUCAGGUCACCUCCGUUGCUCUGGAGUUGGGGUCCCGUGAGUCUCGGUGUGCUGUACUGGUGUGGAGUGGCUGGGGAGGGGAGACUGGUAACCAAAACCUCCCUUUUGUUUCAUAUGGUUUAAAAUCCGCCAGCAAAGAGGAUCAGUUUGACUGGGAUGAGUUAAAGGUCAUCUCGAAAAUCAAAAUUGAACCGCGCAAGCCUAGAGUUAAUAUCACACUGAAGCACGAACCACCCGCCCUCGUAAACGAGCUGUAUGGACUUCAGCUGGUUGUUGAGAGUUUGGAAGAUACACCGCUGAAAGACAUCAGAGUAUGGCUUGGAUUUCAGGACGAGCAGGAAUCUCCCGAAAGAGGCGCUUUGAUAUACUCAGAAGUACUCGCAGCAGAUCAGGCUGAGAGAGAUGCAACGAACUUUUUGGAAUUUACUGUGGAUGGAAAGACUGAUAAGAUCGAGAGGUCGUACUUCGUCAAAUGCUCUCAAGUGGGAUCGCGGACUGUAACAGCAAAGAUUACUUAUACAGUAGAUGUCCAAGUAGAACCAAAUUCGUCGCCAGUCACUUGUACUUGUGCCAAGGAGGAAAGUGUUGUUAUCAAGACUGUUACGCCAUUUGAAAUCUCUUUGUCUCUGACAAAUCUCAAGUUGGAGAGACUGGAUCAGCUGUUCGAAGAAGAACCAUUCCUCUUAUUAGCUGGUAUCAAAUGCACCUCACCUUGGCCUGUUACCAUGGUCACCACUACAUUGAAUAUGUCUCCUGAAGUGAAUAUUGUGGGUGAAGAGAUGGGAUCGCAGCUGCAAGGGAUCUCUUUGCAACAGGGUGAAAGUGCGUCGGAAUGCUACUGCUUAGCUGUUAAAGAGGGUGUCAGUAAAAUGAAGGUCGUGAACAUUGGAAGUCUUGCCCUCCAGUGGAGACGAACUUCUGCGGCUGAUAAGUUUCCAGUUGUGGUGACAGAGCUCACUUUCCCCUCUGUAACAGUAGAGGGUGUUCCUUUUGCGAUACAGGCAGAUUUGCCUGCAUACGGCUGUGUACAGACUCCACUUUUCGUAAGCUAUCUCGUCCGCAAUAGAACGCUUCAAGUCCAGGAAGUCGAAGUCACAGUGGAGCCAAGUGACGCCUUUAUGUAUUCAGGUCAUAAACAGAUUCAAUUUCGUCUGCUGCCAACUGGCGAUCAGAGACUCAAGUUCAGUUUGUACCCUCUUUACGCCGGCUUUUUGACUCUUCCCAAGCUGCAUUUCAAACUGCCUCGCUUUCAGGUUAGCUGGGAUGAAUAUGCGCAGAAACUGGUUCCGACCAAUGUUUUUAUAAAGCCUCGAGGCCGGGAAUUGAAACCUGAGAAGAAGCCUGGUUACGAGUACUAA